CAAACACUUUGUUAAAGCCGCUUGAUAACGCUGAUGAAUGAGCGCGCUCUCUAACUGAUGCCUGUGAGGACGAGUGCACGCUGACACCGCUUUCAAACAGGACCUGUUCUUUUCGGAUGCUCUGAGGUGAGCGGCUGUUGACAUGACAACAGACGAGGCAGAAAGUCACCAGAAAAAGCCGAGGCAGCAGGAGGAAGCUGGCCAGGGCGCCAGACCUCCCACUCCAGAGGACGACCAGCUCCGACCUCAAAACCACAACCCUGCUGGCCGCGGUCUCACACGCCUCUUUUCCUCCCUCCUGAAAAGGCGUUCACAGUGUGAGAGCGAGGGUGGAGAAAAGGAGGACAAGGAGGAAGAAGCUAAAGCACCCAUCGCUGACCCCGAACCUGAACUAAAAACAGAGGGCGAGGUCGCCCUUGACCAGCACUCAGUAAGCAGCGCUGAGGCUCAGGCUACCCAGGUAGAGAAGAAAGAGACUGACGAGGACAAGGUUGGAAAAGACAAGGAGAAACACGAGGACAAGGAAGGGGAGGUUACUGUGGAGAAAGAAGAGGAGAAGGACAAAGAGAAGAAGGAGGAGGAGGAGGAGUCUGGCCCUGAAGAAGGCAGUAGGGGAGAAAAGGACGAGAAAACAGCAGAAGAAGAAGCCAAAGCUCCCAGAGCGCCGCGCCGACCCAAGACCAUGCAGAUCAAAGUCACACUGCUGGACGACACUCAGUACGAGUGUGAGCUGGACAAACACGCUAAAGGCCAGGAGCUGUUCAUGAAAGUGUGUGACCACCUGAACCUGCUGGAAAAAGACUACUACGGCCUGGCAAUCUGGGAAACUCCCACUAUGAAGACUUGGAUGGACCUGACCAAAGAGAUCCGCAGGCAGGUACAAGGUGCCAACUAUAAUUUCACUUUCAAUGUAAAAUUCUAUCCACCGGACCCAGCCCAGCUAUCAGAAGACAUCACAAGAUACUAUCUUUGUCUCCAACUGCGAAAGGACAUCCUCCAGGGCCGCCUUCCCUGCUCCUUCGUUACUUUGGCUCUGCUGGGCUCCUACGCUUUGCAGUCAGAACUUGGUGAAUAUGACCCUGAAGUGCACGGCAGUGAAUAUGCUAAAGAAAUGAAAAUGGCCCAAGGUCAAACCAAGGAGCUGGAGGACAAAAUGAUGGAGCUGCACCGCACAUACAGAUCCAUGAGCCCAGCGCAGGCAGAUCUGAUGUUCCUGGAGAAUGCCAAGAAACUUUCCAUGUAUGGAGUGGACCUCCACCAGGCCAAGGAUCUGGAUGGAGUUGACAUCAUACUGGGGGUUUGUGCCAGUGGUCUGAUGGUUUACAAAGAUAAACUGAGGAUCAACCGUUUCCCCUGGCCCAAAGUCCUCAAAGUCUCAUACAAACGAAGCAGCUUCUUCAUCAAAAUAAGACCAUCCGAGGUGGAACAUUAUGAGAGUGCCAUUGGAUUCAAGCUUCCCAACUACAAGGCAGCCAAAAAGCUGUGGAAAGUGUGUGUCGAACAUCACACCUUCUUCAGGCUGACCUCCUCUGAGAUGGCCACCACCCCAAGGAAGUUCCUAGCAUUGGGCUCGAAGUUUCGUUACAGCGGUCGGACUCAGGCGCAGACCAGACAGGCUAGCUCUCUGAUUGACAGACCAGCUCCCCUUUUCCAGCGCUCCUCCAGCAAGAGGAACUCUCGCAGUCUGGAUGGAGCAAUGGUGUCGACUCCCGACAACAAGUCCAGUCGUCCUGUCAGUGCCCCUGUUAUGUCACCAGUGUCACCUGGGGAGGCCACCCCGUCACCCCUGCUACCCACCCUGCCUCGUUCUGACCACCACGAUGUCUCCACGCCCAGAGGACACCGAUAUUCCAGCAGAAAGGCAGAGCUACUGGCACAAUGCCUGACAACUGACAGCGUCAAGAGCCACAGUGCCAAGUCUACUCCAGAGAUUAAGACGGUGGGCAGGAGAGAGCGGAGGCAUGCCCCGUCUUUGGCCAUCACUAAUGGGGAAAAAGAACGAAAAAGCCAGCACUCUCUUCAGGACAGAAAGAUGGAGAUGGUUCGAGUGAGGAAGAAAAGAUCAAAGAAACUUGAGGGUGAAACAAUUUAUAUCAGACAUAGCAAUUUAAUGUUGGAGUUUAACCCUAAAGGGUUGGCAUGCACCAUUUUCCUGUCUGACUCUCAUGACCUGGAUAAGACCCAGACUGAAAUUAUGCGGCACCAUACCAGCAUCAGCGAGCUAAAAAGGAGUUUCAUGGAGUCUGUACCGGAGUCUCGGCCCAGCGAGUGGGAUAAGCGUCUUUCCACCAACUCUCCUUUCCGCACAGCGAGCAUCAACGGUCAGCUCCAACCAGCAUCUCCUGUGCUAAAGACCCAGACAAUCACCAUCUCAGAUGUUACCAAUUCUGUAAGAGGAACUGCAGCCUACAAGGACAUACCCUUAGUUCACACUGAAACCAAGACCAUCACAUACGAGUCAGCUCAGCCGGUGGACAGUGUGGCAGAGAGGGAGUCGGGAGUGCUGCUGAGUGCCCAGACGAUUACUUCUGAGACCAUCAGCACCACCACCACCACCCAGAUCACCAAGACGGUGAAAGGAGGGAUCUCUGAGACUCGCAUUGAAAAGAGAAUUGUCAUCACUGGGGACACAGAAAUAGAUCAUGACAAGGCUUUGGCCCAGGCCAUUAAAGAGGCAAAGGAGCAGCACCCAGAUAUGUCUGUCACCAAAGUGGUCGUGCAUCAGGAGACGGAGAUCACCCCAGAGUAAGACGGACUGAUCCUGUGGAAGCUACCCCCCACUCCACCCCAUUCCUCCUCGUAUCUCCAUCACACCAUUUUACCUCAGCGCACCCAGCAACCAUCAACGGGAACCACCAGACCUCAUCAGAGCGAACUAACUCCAACAAUGACAAAUGAACUUGACUCCACGAGUGUGAAGUUUGGCCUGAAGGAGACAGAGUCACCAGAAAAUUCCCAAGACCCCUGCCAGUAUUCCCCACAAUCCCCCUCUUGUUCCAUUUACUGCCAAAAGAGCAGCUGCUGGAGUUAUGGAUGAAAAAUCAUCUUUUUUUAAAUAUGAAAAAGAAAUUAAAGAACAGCAUUUGUGGAUUUCAUCCUCUCCAAUUUGUGUGGAGAUUUUAAGAAAAAAUCAAGGGCAUUUGGUCUUUUACUCUUGAUAUAUUGGUAAUUUAUUUUUCUACAGCUUUUCUUACCAUCAGAAUUGGUUACCAGUAACUUGAAAAUCAAGUAUUUUGUAACAAUGUAUCCGAGCAGCAUUGACAAAGGGAUUGUGGGUGAUGUCACUUGGGAUUGUACACUUUGGGACUCGCAGGAUCCCUCUCAAAUUUUAGUGCAAGUUUGGUGUCAUUUCUUGUACAGUAAAUAUUUUAUUUUCCCUCUCGACGUAAAAAUAAUAUUUUUUCAAUUUGUGUAUAGGAAAAGAUUGAUUGUAUGAAACUAACGUGCGGGAAUUAAUCCUUUCAUCUGACAAAGUUCUGGCAUUUGUUCAGUGACACCUUUUGAUUGUUUAGUUGUGUUUUUGUGCUCGUGUUACCAAAACAGGGCUUCAUCAGGACCACAGAGAUCGUAGUGCACUGACAUGACGUUUAUUUAUUUCCACCUUUGUGCGUUUUGUGUUUUAGAUAUGAUUUUACAUGACAAUGUUCCCCACAUCGUUAUAGUUUCUGCAUUACGUUUCUAAUUUUCCUCACAGUGGGCAGUGUGUACACUUAGCGCUGCUUUAAAGACAUCUGUGAAAUAUUGAAGUCGGUAAAGAGAAGAGCAAAACUUCAGCGUCUGUAUAUUUAGACUUUAUUAUAUAAAAUCUAUUGCAUCACAUUAAAAUGAUAGGAAUGGUUGACAUAUCUGACACUUAAUAAUACGGUAAAUUGGGAUAAUUUUCUGUU